CUCCGUCCACCGCCACCUGUCCCCACCAGUCCCCAUCACCCCAAUAUUUAUACAAAUCUAUCAUUUCUUUUUAAAACUCAAUUAAAAUUAUCUCUUACUCAUUAUUUUACUUCCAAAAAAAACAAAACAUUUUUUUAUUAACCGGCAAUGCCUACGCCGGUGACAACAGCCAGGCAAUGCUUAACACCGGAAUCCGCUCAAAUCCUCGACGAAGCAGUAGCCGUCGCGAUACGGCGAGGACACAACCAAACGACGUCACUCCACGCCGUUUCAGCUCUCUUAACAAUCCCCUCAAUUUCCAUCCUACGCGACGCGUGUCUUCGCGCCAAGAACAAUGCAUACAGCCCACGUCUCCAGUUCAGAGCCCUAGAGCUUUGCCUAAGCGUCUCACUCGACCGAGUCCCGUCGAAUCAACUCGCUGAUGACCCGCCCGUUUCCAACUCACUCAUGGCCGCCAUAAAACGAUCUCAAGCGAACCAGCGCCGGCAGCCGGAAAAUUUUCAUUUAUAUCACCAGCAGAGUAUUACCACUACUACGUCGAUUACGUGUAUAAAAGUUGAGCUGCAGAAUUUAGUUUUAUCGAUUCUUGAUGACCCGGUUGUGAGUCGGGUUUUCAGCGAGUCCGGUUUUCGGAGCUCCGAGAUUAAGCUUGCUAUUGUCCGUCCGGUUUAUAAACUCCCACGUUAUAAAGGUCCGCCUAUGUUCUUAUGCAAUUUGGAUCCGAAUAACUCGGAUCCGGGUCGGGCAUUUAGCUUCCCGUUUUCGAGAUUUACAACCGGGUUGUUCAACGGAGAUGAAAAUUCGGUCAGAAUCAGUGAGAUUCUGAUCAGAAGUAAAGGGAGGAAUCCUCUGCUUGUGGGUGUAUCAGCUUUCGAUACACUCGCAAAUUUCACUGAGCUACUCGAGAGAAAAGAUAAGAACUUUUUACCUAUGGAGUUAAAUGGGUUAAGUUUAAUUUCAAUGGAAAUUGAUUUUUCAAAAUUUGUGAGUAAAAUUCUUGAUAAAGGGUAUUUGGAUGCGAAAUUUGACGAAAUGGGUCGGUUUAUAGAGCGAAAUUUAGGACCCGGGUUGGUGGUGAAUCUUGGUGAUUUGAAGGUGUUCAUCAAUGAUGAAAAUGAUGAAAAUUUAGUGAGAUAUGUAGUUGAAAAGUUGACAAAUUUGUUAAAAAUUUAUCAAAGGAAAAUUUGGUUUAUGGGUGCAACUGAAAAUUGUGAGAGUUAUUUGAAAUUUGUUGGGAAAUUUGCUUCAAUUGAAAAGGAUUGGGAUUUGCAGCUUUUACCUAUAAGUUCUUUUAGAGCUUCAAUGGGUGGAUCUUAUCCUAGGUCAAGCCUGAUGGAAUCAUUUGUUCCAUUCGGUGGCUUUUUUUCCACAUCGACGGAGUCGAAUAGCUCCUUAAGUCAAUGCAUACCUCGCUGUCAUCUGUGCAAUGAGAAGUGUGAACAGGAAGUAGUUGCUGUUGCAAAUGGAGGAUUUGUUGCUUCAGUAGCAGAUCAUUACCAAUCUAACUUACCUUCUUGGUUGCAAAUGACUGAAAUCGGCACAAACAAAGGAAUUGAUGUGAAGACAAGAGAGGAUGGAGUCAUGUUGAGUGCCAAAAUUGCAGGCCUGCAAAAGAAAUGGGAUAGCAUAUGCCAGCGUCUCCAUCAUCCUCAACUACCAGGAUCAAACACUCAUCCUUCUCAGUUUCCUUCUAUUGCCGGUUUUCGUAUGGUAGAAGACAAAAUGAAUGAUGCCGAAAAGUAUAGCAGCAACAAUCUAAAUGCACCAAUUGAUGAAGGUCGAUGCAGGAAUGUCCCCAUUGAUCUGCAGAAGAUUUCAGCAACACAAUCCGGUGUGCCAUCUUCUGUAGCUUCUGCUGCAUACACUGAAAAUGUCAAACAUUGGGGAAAACCUUCAAAAGAAGGUCAUCAUUUAGGUGAUCUCAGGAUUCCUCGUAGUUUUUCCAAUUCAAGCGUGGCUGACGGUAGUCAAGCAUCUCCCACAUCAGCAACCUCUGUGACUACAGAUUUGGGUUUGAGAAUUAGCGCUCUUUCUGCCAGUAAUAAUCCAAGGAAACUGGUAAAUAAAAACCAGAUGGAGCUUUCAUGGGACUUAUCUGGUUCCGUUUCAGCAAAUGUUGAUGUUGUUAAUGGCAGCGUUUCUGAGCACCUAGCACAUUCAUCUUCAUCAUCUUCGUCUCUUGAUUUUUGCGGACAGUUCGAUCCUAGUAGCUACAAGAUGCUUUUCAAGGCUCUCACGGAGAAAGUUAGCGGGCAGGACGAAACUGUGCAUAUUAUCAGCCAAACAAUAGCUGACAGCAGGACAAGAAAUGAAGGACGCCAAGGAUCAAGCCUGAGACGAGAUUUAUGGUUUAAUUUCGUUGGACCUGAUAAGUGCAAUAAGAAGAAAAUUGCUGCUGCUCUUGCUGAAAUAAUAUUUGGAAGCAGUGGAAACUUGAUAUCUGCGGAUUUAAGUCCCCAAGAUGGAAUAGUCCGUACACUUAGCAAACAAGUACAUGGCUAUGAUGUAUUGUUCCGCGGGAAGACUGUAAUUGAUUAUAUUGCCGGGGAGCUGGUCAAGAAGCCUUUGGCUGUCGUCUUCCUUGAAAAUGUAGAUAAAGCUGAUGUGCAAGCUCAGAAUUGUUUAUCCCAUGCUAUUCAAACUGGUAAAUUUUCGGAUUCACAUGGAAGAGAAAUUGGAAUAAGCAAUGCAAUAUUCGUGACGACAUCAACAUUUUCAGAUAAUAAAGAUCAUCUCUCUCAGACGAAGGAUUUCUCUACGUAUUCUGAGGAAAGAAUAUUGAGAGCAAAGAGCCAGCAAAUUCAAAUUUUAAUCGAACAAGCUCCAGCUGACAAAAUGGGUUUAAAUUUAAAUGUACCGAUGAGAAAACUCAUCUCUGGUUCUAAUUUGGUUAAUAAAAGGAAGCUGGUUGCUGCGAAUCCAAUUCUCGAGCAGCAUCGCACUUCUGACGUGGUUAAACGGGUUCAUAAGACAUCUGUGAGGUAUCUUGAUCUUGAUUUGAACCUCCCCGCCGAAGAUAGUGAUGUGCAAGUCACCGACGAUGGGAACUCCGAUAAUGACUUGGCCUCUACCAACUCCAAGGCUUGGUUGCGAAAUUUCCUUGAUCAGUUGGACAGGAUAGUGGUGUUCAAGCCAUUUGAUUUCAGUGCUCUUGGUGAGAAAAUACUUACCGAGAUCAACGACAGCUUCCAUAAGAUUGUUGGCUCAGAUUGCUUACUAGACAUCGACUCAAAAGUCAUGGAGCAAUUACUCGCAGUUGGGUAUAUGUCGAAUCAGAAAAGGGCGGUGGAGGAAUGGGUGGAGCAAGUACUAAGCAAGGGAUUUACGGAAGUUCCAAAAAGGUAUAAUCUCAAUAAUGCUCAUUUAAUCGUUAAACUUGUUACCUACAACUGCCCGCUUACAGAUGAGCAUACAUCGGGAUUUUGCCUUCCGGCGAAAAUCCUAGUGAACUGAUGCCCUGUGCAAGAAGGUAUUCUUGUAGUUAGAUUGUAUAAUGUAGCAUUAGGAUGUACUAAUCCUUGUUUAGCCUGUUUAAUCCCAUAAUGUUAGUGGUUUUUGCAGGUUAGGCUUGUUUAGUUUGUAUAAUCUGUACUGUAAUUUAUUUUCUUAGGGAUCAUCUUUUGCAUGGGAUUAAUGUUCCAUGCAUAUUGAUUUGUAUAAUAUGAUAUAUAGUCAGUGAUUGUGUGAUAUAAAUGUCAUCUAGUGAUUGGAUAA